GGUGAUCAGUGCAAUUUUUUUGAAGGACACCUUGGACGCUGCGCAGAACGAUGCGGAGCAGCUUGUUGUUGAUAGGUUGAAGAAGAAGGCUCAGUAUGUCCAGAAGCUGGAGGAAGUUUUCCGAGCGAUUGAUUCUUCCUCCGAUGGCAUGGUCACAGAGGAGAAAUUGACGCAAGUCCUCUCAAAUCCCAAAGUGGCAGCUUAUUUCCAGACUCUCGACGUCGACGUCGUCGACAGCACUGCUUUGUUUCACCUUCUCGACAAUGGUGACGGAGAAAUUACCUUGGACGAGUUCAUAGAAGGCAUAUUGCGGUGCAAAGGUCAUGCACGGGCCAUCGACCAGGUGGCCAUGCGCUCGGAGCUGCGGCAGUUGGAUGCGAAGCUUUCAAGGCUGAGCUUCCGCCUCAAGGAGGCAGGCAUCAUCAAGAGCAGCGGCAAAGCCAAGGUGAAUGGCAGAAUGAUCAGCGCAUAACGGCCUAACUUUCACUCGGCAAGCGGGGGCUGCAACCGAACA